CGGCUGCAGAGCUUCUUCCCACUAGCGCAGAGAUAGCGGCCUUGGCAGGGGGGAGGAGCUGGAGGGGCGGCUUUUUAAACGGAGGCAGGAGCGGCAAGGUGAGAGUGUAGGAAAGAGAUCGAUGGGGGAGCAGGCAGAGCUACUUACGGGGCUCACCUUUUCGGGGAGCUGAAUUCGAGGCACCGUCUACCAAAGGGUUGUUUGGCGCCAGAAUUUGAGUGGCUUUCCUCACUUACUGCAGCACCGGACAACAGGAGGGGAUGGCAUCUCUCACACAUUUCUUACUGGUCCCCACACGCCUGAUGCUGAAGGUCUUUAAUGUUAUGUCCCGGCUGUCUAUGUAUAGUGCCGGUUCCCUUGCUGCUGUCUUCUACUGUUGGUGGGCCCUAUGGCAGGUGGUGUCUAAGGGCCCUUUCCAGGUGCUCCGCAAGAAGAGGCGGGGGACUCCACCAAGAUGCCUCACUGAUGCCUUGCAUGGGGAGCAUGGCUUUGUCACAGUAAAAAACUCAGGGCUGCGUCUCCACUAUGUUGCUGCUGGCGAGGAAGGAGCCCAGCUGAUGCUUUUCUUGCAUGGAUUUCCCCAGAACUGGUUUGCAUGGCGCCAUCAAUUGCAGGAGUUUAAGCGGGCAUUUAAGGUGGUAGCCCUCGAUUUGCGGGGCUAUGGCUCUUCCGACGCACCAGCUGGUUCUGAGCACUAUCGGAGGGAAGCUCUGCUGGCAGAUGUACAUGGUGUCAUUGAAGCUCUGAGCCCCAGUGAGAAGAAUGAGAUUUCAAAGUGCAUCCUGGUGGGGCAUGACUGGGGUGGAUCCAUAGCUUCUGAGUUUGCUGCCUGUUACCCCAAUUUGGUGGAAAAGCUUAUUAUUAUGAAUGCUGUUCAACCACAUGUCUUAGCAGAAUAUUUUUCACGAUAUCCCACCCAGAUGCUGCGAUCCAACUACAUGUUCCUGUUCCAGCUGCCAAAGCUGCCAGAGCUCCUGUGGUCCUUAGAUGACUUCUAUCUAAUCAAGUCUGUUAUGACUAGCAAGAAGACGGGAGACCAGAAUCAUAUGACAGAGGAGGAGUUGGAGGCUUACCUGUAUGGCCUUUCGAAGGACAGGGGUCUAGAACCACCCAUGAAUUACUACAGGAACAUGUCCACUUGGGUUCGUGCAAAGUGCAAGGAUAUUGUGGUGCCCACCCUGCUGAUCUGGGGAGAAAAGGAUGUAUUCUUGGAAAAAGGGCUUGUCAUACCCAUGGAGCAGAAGGUGUGCAAGAACAUCAAGGUGCAGCUCAUCCCUGAAGCCGGCCACUGGGUCAGUGAGGAGCAACCUAAGAAAGUCAAUCAACUGAUGUGGGCUUUCCUCCUUCAGAGAAACUGAGACGGAAUGAGGCAGUGACUGCUCUGUGUACUACAAGCAUUCCUAUCACCCAGCAUGCAGGAAAUUACAAGAACAGCCAUUUGACUUGACACUGGAGAUCUGGUCCUUCUCUGUGCCCACUGGAAUGUUUCUACCCUAUAUUGGAACAUGAGUUCCAUACAGCUUUUAACUGGUUUCGUUCCGUUGCACUACAAUAAAAAGGAUUUGCUUCAGGGUUUAUGA